AUGCUAGAAGAGCACUUGGAAGUCAACAGCCCAAUCACAUCUCACAUUAGGUUGAAAGAAGGCCUCUUCUUCCUCAACAACGGGAUCUCACCCUAUGCCGGAGACACCUGUCAUCAUCCUCCGCUCCUCCUUUUCUUGCUUCAGCAGCUGGAGCAGAUCUCUCCUUGGGCACACUUUGGUUUCCUAGUCUCGAUCGACGUAGUCACGGCGCUGCUUUUGCGGCAGCUCGCUGUUUGCUACCACCUGGCCCGGCGGCAAGCUGGGAGCCCUUGGGCAGAUGCGUCAUCCCCCCUGGUCGCCAGCACCAAGCUUCCUGCAAUCCAAGUUGCUGAGGGCAUCGAGGAUGUCAUGAGUCCGGCAUUCGUUGGGCUCUUCUACCUCUUGAAUCCGUUGACAGUUGCAAGCUGUGUAGCCUUGUCCGUGCAGAACUUGCAACACCUCUUCUUCGUUUUCUCAAUCGUAGCUGCUGCGGCCGGCAGAGGUGGUCUGUCUGCCGCAGGCAUUGCAGUGUCCCUGUAUGUUUGUCCACUUACACCGGCCCUGCUUGUUUUGCCGUGUGCGUGCUUGGCAUACCAGCAGCGCUUUGCGCGAGCCAAAGAAGAGUGCACCAAGUAUGACGCAUUGGUCAAGGGCCAGAUUGUGAACAUUGGUUUUGUGAUCUACAGUGUUUGCUUCUCGUUGGUGGUGCUCGGCGCCUUUGGUUGCCUUCUGGGAGCAUCACUUGCGGCAAUGGCUGGUGAGCUGCAGUUUUUGGAGGCUGCUUUCCUCUCAGUGCUCAGCAUACGGGACUUGACCCCCAACACCGGCUUUUUCUGGUACUUUUUCAUUGAGGUGUUUCAGCGGUAUUACUUUCUGUUCGUCUUUGCGUUCCAUGCCCACAUUCUUUUCUAUCCAGUUCCGCUCCACUUGCGGCUUGGUGGUUAUGCGCCCACAGGGCCCUUCAUACAUUGCAGCGCUGCAGUUGGAAUGAUUGCGCUCUUUAAGCCGUACCCCACGGCCAGUGACUACGCUUUGAUGGUUUCAGCCAUGCUGGUCCAAGCUGAGCUGAUUCGAGAGAGCCAGCGUUACUUUGCGUUCCUGCUCAGCGGCGUUAUGUUUGGCUUGUCCAUGGUCCCCACGAUGGUUGCGGUCUGGUUGGGCAGAAAUGCAGGCAAUGCAAACUAUCUUUACAACAUGACACUUGUGGUGAAUGUCUUUGGAUCUUUGACAUUGAGCGAAUGGGUCAAAGCUGGCAUGCGGCUGCGCAAACGGCAAUUCCGCCUGGCCUACUUCCGCAAGAUGGUGCUGUCGUUGGCCAAUGAGGUAGCCGCAGACCCCGCUGCCGCCAAGGUAAAAGCAUCUCUGCCUGCUCCUGAUGCUGACACUGCGGUGACAUGA